AUGCCCGUCUACGCCGGCAGCCGCGCCCUGCCUGCCGAGCCCGCGGCAACCGCGUUGCCGCUGCUCCCGACCGCGGCGCUCCACGCCCCUGCCGCUCCUUCCCCGUACGUCGCGCCUCGUCCGUCGCCCCGCUUGCGCCGCUGCCGCCGUCGCCCGCCUCUGCUUGUCCCGCUCGUCAGCGCGUGCCCGCCGCCGUGGCCACGCCCGGCCACGACGCACACUCGCACCGCUCCGGCCGUUGACACCCGCCACUCUGCUUCCCCCACCGCGAGCCUGCCUCCUCCCGUGCCUCCCUGGCUGCUCGUGCACCCGCGUCCGCACGCACGCCCUCGCGCGGCCCCACUGCUCCCCGCGCCCGGCGCUGCUCCGGCCGUCGCCGGCCACCGAGGCUCCGGGCGCGCUCGCCCUCGCCUCUCGUGA